AUGGCCGACGCCGACGCCGACGCUCACGUCGUUGGAGCUGGAGCUGGAGCUGGAGCUGGACCUGGACCUGGAGCCGGAGUCGUACGUGACUCCUCGGGCGAGCAUACAAACGACGAGCCGGGCCGUCAUUCAUUCAGCAUCAGUGAGCAAAAGGCUCUAUCCGCCUCCGAAAUGUGUGAAAAACAACGCGAUUCGGUAAAUCAGCCAGCAAUAGUUGAUGGCAACUACCGCAUCACAUAUUUUUACCUGUCCUUCGAUACAGUAUUGCCCUCCGUCCCAACGCCCCAGCAAGGCGCCUAUUCAGAUGCGUCCAAAGUGCCGCCAUGUCCUGACUUAAAGCCAUAUAUGUCACCUUUGAAAUGGAGUCCAGCUCGAAAAAACGUUUCCUUGGCACUCUCCUGUAUUGCCACAUUUCUCACUGCGUAUACGGCGGGCUGCUAUUCACCGCCGGCCGGCAUCAUUGCCCAUGACCUCGGCACAACGCGAAUAGUCACAUUGGUGGGCAUUACCACGUUUUGCAUGGGUUUCGCCUUGGCUCCCAUGGCCCUGGCACCCAUAUCAGAGAUUUGGGGUCGCUUCCCCGUCUUCAUCAUUGCCGGCGUCAUAUUCGUCGUCUUUCAGGCUGUUUGCUCUGUCAUGCCUCAUAUUGCAGCGCUCCUCGUAGCCCGAUUUUGGGUCGGAGCUGGCGCUUCAGUAUUCAGCUCCGUCGUCGGUGGUGUCAUUGCGGAUCUCUGGGAUAAGAGUGAACGCAACACACCCAUGGCCUUGUUCAGCGGCUCUGUUCUGGCAGGCACUGGAGCUGGUCCGCUGGUUGGCACGGCUUUCAUGAAGACGCUCGGUCAGACCACGAUAGCGUGGAAGUGGACUUUUUGGCAUCAGGUCAUACUAGACGGUGUGCUUCUCAUCUUUCUGAUAUUCCUGUUCAAGGAAAGCAGGGCCUCUGUCUUGCUUACAAGAAAGGCUAAAAAGCUCAACCAGUGGUAUGAAGAGCUGGAAUCAAAUGGCAUAUAUGGAAUGCGCAUGCAAGAUUCCUCUGUGCCCGCCAUUGCUUACUCGGCGUCGUCCAGCGACACAGUUUUGUCAACUACCGCAGAUACACCGAAAGGCACAUGUACUCAAGAGAAGAUGGGAGACAGCCAAAUCCGACACCUGCGUAUCCGUUGGGUCGUCAAGGAAGAUGAACAGCGCCCACCUGUUUGGCAGAUGAUGGCUACGUCGGUGAGGCGGCCGUUCCAUAUGCUAUUCACCGAACCUGUCGUGUUUUCGUUUUCACUCUGGGCAGCGUUUUCUUGGGCCGUCCUGUACAUGUCCUUCUCCGUUGUACCCUUUCUCUAUCAAAACAACUACAAUCUUGCUAGCCGAGUAUACGGGGCCAUCAUUGCAGCAGCCGCGUUGGCAACUUUUGUGAGCAUUUUGCAACAACAUCUUCUCAAACACCCGCAAUGGCGAGCCCAUGAUGACGGCUUCGAGUAUUCUGACUCCAAGUUUUGGGCAUUUAUGAGACAACGAUUCCCGACCGAUUCCCCCGAAGCACGACUCUACUUUGCUUGCGUUACCGCACUGCUACUACCAGCCGGCCUAUUUGGGGCCUUCUUAUGUCCGGAAUAUAUGAGCGGCUAUGCGGAAGCCAUAGGUCUCGGUUUUGCCAUCUGGGGUAUUUACUCCAUAUACCUAGCAACAUUUAACUACUUGGCGGAUUCGUACCACAUAUACGCCUCUUCAGCGUUGGCAGCCCAGAACUUUUGUCGUAACGUUCUCGGCGGCAUAUUUCCACUUAUUGUCAACGCCAUGUUCACAAACUUGGGCCUCAGAGGCGCUGGAGGUAUGCUAGGCGGCAUUGCUAUGGUCUUGUCCAUCAUUCCCUGGGUCUUGCUGUUUUUUGGUGAAAGAAUCCGGUCACGCAGUAAACUGGCUAUUGUGAGUACCAGAGUCCCCAAGCUGUAUUUGCGCGAAAGAUUCCCUCUAACCGUAACUCAAGCUGCUUCAACAAUAGCAAUGGCGAACACCGACGUCGCAAAACAGAGUGACUAG